AUGGCGGCAGCUACUGUAGCCUCGCCAGUGACUCUGGAAAAUCAUCAACCUGCUCACCCUACUGCGCCUGGCAAUGCAGAGUCUGUUUCUCAGCCGCUGCCAGACCAUGUCCCCCAUAUCGAAGCUUUUGUUGAAAAAUUGAACCAGGAAAUCCCCCAUAUGCUCGCGAAACCUCAAACAUAUGAUAAUGUUCUAGCCUGCUUCAUCACCUGGGAAGACAAUAAUUACUCCCAAAUUAUUGAAUCCGCGGGUGAAUUGAGACGCUUACUCGAAGAUGAAUAUGGUUACAUGACAGAGGAAGUUAAAUUGGAGAGCAGCGACGACGAACUCGGGUCAGAUCCAUUGCGCCAGUUCAACAGAGAGAUAUCAGCCCACGUUGACUCUAUAGGCAGAAAAACGGUUCCUUCCGGGAAGAAGCUCGGGAACAGUCUAUUUAUUCUUUACUACGGGGAACAUGGUGACUAUGAUUCAUCUAGUCGCAAGGGUUCCUGGUUCAAUCGUCAGAUUAAGGAGCCUUCUCGCCUAGAAUGGGAUAGCAUCGAACUUAUCAUCACCCUGGCAACUUGCGACGUUCUGUUCCUGUUUGACUGUUGUCACGCCACAUCAAUCGUACCACGAGAAAUCAAGUGCCGGCGCCGAUGCGAGAUCCUCGGCGCUUAUGGAAACGUCGAGGAAACUUCGGCCCAGGUCAAACAAUUUUACUGCGGCAUUGACAUCAAAAUAUCUGCGACAAAUUUGGUCUGCGCAUGGACGUAUAUCGAUUUGAUCCGCUCAGAUGAAGACCUCUUGCAUCCUGUUGCACAUUUAAACCCCUCGGAAGUCGUAUCCACCACAUCCAAGGCGGUUCGAACAGCUAGCACAGAAGUUGUCCAGGACCCUGCGCCCCCGUCAAUCUUUACGCCGUCUGCACCCCCAACGCCCCCUCCAGAACCUAUGAAUCGACAAUCUACGUUUUCUGCCGGACUCGCACCACAGAGGUUUAACGCGAAAGAGCGCAUGCGGUCCGGACCGUUGAUCGAGAAGCCGAGACAUCAAAGCACAGUGAACCCUCCUAUCCGGCAAGACUCUUGGUUUUGGGCGGGGUCAGAACAGCAAGAAAACCCGCGCAUUGAGAGACAACUUCGGAAGCGUAGAAUCAAGGAUCCUAAGGUAUGA